UAAACAUUAUUGAUUCUUCUGACUGAAAACUAAUUGAUCUUCAACUUCAAUAAAUAAGCCUCCCUUUCUCCCUUCCAUUGCAGUGUACCACAAAUAGUUUACACAUGAAGGCAUUAUUGAGAGCUUUGUUGCAUAUCUAAGGAGUAGGUUUCCUUAUUGGGGGCAACACUUGCACUCUAAAAAACCAUAUUUAUACUACACAUCUCCUCUAAUAGCUACCUCAAUUCUUACACCCUGAAAUGGAGUACAUUAUGUCAAGACACAACUGGACUACCCUCAAACUCGUUGCGAUGGUGCUGGUGGUGCUGCCCGUGAUCUGGACCGGGGUAUGGCUGUCUCACCAGCCGAGUUCCGGGUGCCAGAACAAGAGGGUGCUCAAUCUGACCAUACCCUUUAUUGUCACAGGGGUCCUCCUCCUGCUGCUCGCCUUGGCUCAGCUUGUUCUGUGGUUCUUGUUAGGAAAGGACAAGUCCACAGAUGAAGAAGCUGAAGAAGACGAGCUUGACAAGGACAAGAGAACCCUUUUUCGACUGCUUGACUAUGUCGGGUGUGGGUUGGUUGUUGUCUCCUUCAUGCUCUUAGUCUUCACUGGUUUCUUGCUGAUAUAUGUCACAGAUACUGGCACUGAUAGUUAUACUGAUAGCUACAUACCCACAAAUUGGCUCCGUAACAAGGUUGUCAACCACAAUUUCCAUAAAAUUCGACAUUGCCUUGUCUACCAUACCAAUGUUUGUUCACCGUUCCUUGACCAUCUCUACCAGCAGUCCCAAACCGAGAUCUUCACCUCCAUUCAGAACGGUUGCUGCAAGCCACCCAAGGAGUGCAAUUUCACAUACACUAGCCCUGGUGUUUGGAGUAGGCCAUCAACUAAUGCCACAAUUUCAGACAAAACAGACUGUAGCAAAUGGAGUAAUGAUCCCAAUACUCUUUGCUUCAACUGUCAAACCUGUAAGGAUGGUUUCCUCCAUGACUUGAGAGGGACUUGGACGGCAGGCGGUAUUAGCAGCUUUAUUGUCUGCCUGUUACUCGUCUCGCUCGUGUGCUGCUGCUGUUGCGGUGCAAUUGAUUCAAGUGGUACAACAGGCCGUAGUCGUCCUCCGAGAUCGAAAUUUCGACGUUUUUUUGGCAAUAAAUAUAGGUGAUUGUGAACACAUGAAUUCUUGGGUUUGGUUGGGAAACAAUGCAAGCUAAGGCCCCAUAGCAUAUGGUAAUGCUCUGCGCUUAUGGAUACUUCGACAACCGUAGUAUGUGUUGUGUGAUAAGAUCCUUGUUUUAUUUCAAUAAUUCUUGUCUAUCAAUGAGCGAGAUCUCUUUUUUGUAAGUUUUUUUUUUAGAUUGUUUGUGUAAUAGAUAUCAAUAUUUUAAAUUUCAUCAGGAUUGACAAAAUUUACAUCAAUGAUUUAAAAAAACAAAUAAAUACUUCCUCUU